AUGGCCACAAAACAACGCAUGGUCAAACUUUCACUCUUUGCCCGGCGCAAGGAUUCUCUCUCCGAAGACGAGUUUCAAGAGUAUUGGUCAGGCACGCACAAGGCCCUGGCGACUGAGUGGCUGGCCAAGUAUGGCAUUGUCAGGUACACCCAGUAUCACACCCCUUCAAAACUCGUUUCCUCGGCCGUGGCUGGCUUCCCGGUGCUGCAAAAUGCAAAGAAACUCGACUUCGACGGUGUCGGCGAGUUUCUCAUGCCCGAAAUUUCGUGUUUCCAGAGGGCGCGCGAGGACCCGUAUUACACCGAGGUCAUCGCGCCGGAUGAGGAUAAGUUGUUUGACUGGGGCUCGGUCGAAUGGACUGUCGGCUGGGAGGAGGUGUAUAUCAAGGACGGGAAGGUUGUGGAUUUGCCAUUUGGGGAUAAUGCUGAGGAGGUGGCGAAAUAA